ACUUAUCGCCCAAUCACGCGUCCCACCCACAGACUGCGAUGACACACUGUUUGUGUUCUGUAGGCUAUAAAUGCGCAGCGGUGGGCUCCUGGAUUUAACCACUGACCCUGCACUUUAUCUUUUCCCUAUUUCUUGGCGAGUUUGGGGGACCUUAGCUUGUGUUUACAGUUUGCUUUCUCUUUUCCACACGUUGAGCGCGUGCGAGCAGUGCGAGCUUCAGUCGUUGCGGGAGGACGAUCAGGAAAACCAUACAUCAUCAGUCAUGGCCGCCAUCAGCAGCUCAAACACAUGUUUUGCCCUGGACCUGUUCCGCACCCUGAGCCAGGCAAACCCCACCGGGAACAUCUUUGUCUCCCCGCUGAGCAUCAGCUCAGCCCUGGCUAUGGUUUACUUGGGGGCUAAAGGAGACACUGCUGCUCAGAUGGCACAGGCCCUCUCAUUCAGCUCUGGCGAAGGUGUCCACGCAGACUUUGCGGCACUGAACGCUGACAUCAACUCGCCAUCUGCGUCAUACAUCCUGAAACUAGCCAACCGUCUCUAUGGAGAAAACACUGCCAACUUCCUCCCGAAAUUCCUGGAAGCCACGCAGAAGUACUACCAGGCCGACCUGAAGGCUGUUGAUUUCAUCGGGGCUGCAGAGGCGUGCAGAGCAGAGAUCAAUAGCUGGGUUGAGCAGCAGACAGAAAAUAAGAUUAAAGAUCUUCUGAAGCCAGGAACAGUCAGCUCUAUGACGAGAUUGGCUCUGGUUAACGCCAUCUACUUCAAGGGAAACUGGAAGCAUCGCUUUGAUGUAGCAAAUACCAAAGAGAUGACUUUUAAAGUCAACCAGAGUGAGACCAAGCAGGUCCAGAUGAUGUACCAGAUGAAGAAGCUGCCCUACAACUACAUUGUUGAGCACAGUCUGCAGAUCCUGGAGCUGCCGUAUAUAGAUGAGGAGCUCAGCAUGUUCAUCCUGCUGCCUGAGGAGUCCGCUGAUGGCUCUGACCCUCUGCUGAAGCUGGAGAAUGAGUUAACACGGGAGAAGCUGGACGAAUGGACCAACAGGGAAAGCAUGGACGUCCACUCAGAAGUCCUCAUUCAUCUGCCCAAGUUCAAGCUGGAGGAGGACUACGAGCUGAACGAGCCUCUGGCCAAACUGGGCAUGUGCGACGUGUUCAGCGGGGCGAAAGCCGAUUUGUCUGGCAUGAAUGGCGAAGGAGGACUCUUCCUGUCUACGGUGGCCCACAAGGCCUUUGUGGAGGUGAACGAGGAGGGCACAGAGGCAGCUGCAGCCACAGCAGGCAUGGUAGCCUUCUGUAUGUUGAGGGAGGAACACUUCACAGCAGACCACCCCUUCCUCUUCUUCAUCAGGCACAAUAAGACCAAGUCCAUCCUCUUCUUCGGCAGGUUCUCGUCUCCUCAGUAGACACAACCAGCAGAAGAUGAUGUUGGGCCAAUUUAAAUAAAAAAUAUGCAAAAUCCUUGAGAUGAAGGUUUUAUUUUCUGUGAUGUUUUUCUUAAUGUAGAAAUGUAUUUUUACUGCCCUUGCACUGACAUCACAGAUUUAGCUGUUCAAGUGUUCUUGGUUGAAGUUAUGCAUUAUAAUACUGCAGUGAAGUUAAGUGAAAUAAAGCAGCAGACUUUGGGAUUUUAAACAUUGGUAAAA